UUUUUCAUCAAAUUCUCACUUCCCAACUACUUCAACUUCUGUUCAUACUCUCCAUAUAUAUCACGCUUACAUACAUUCCUUGUAUUGUUAGGCCCCUUUUGUUUUUCACAAUAAGUUCAUCUGAAUCUGAAUACUAUUUUUGAACGUUAGGAUCGGUAUAGACAAUCUAAUUACAUAAUGGUGUGCUUUUGCUUUUUGGUAGACCAAACUUGCCAAGUGAGGCGUUGCAAGCCUGCAGCCGGUCUUUGUUCAAGGUGCGGUGGUGGUGCAAGUGUUGCGGAUAUGAAGACCGCCACGAGAUUCUGCCAUGUUCCCUUCUAUUGGAAAUCAUGGAAAGCCAUCAUGUGUACAUUUUGUGGUGCAGUUCUUAAAUCUUAUCACUGAUGAUAAUAACUCAUUUUUCAGUCAAAAAAAAGAUUUAGUUAUGCAGAUGGAAGGCUUAACAAAUACUAGAGUCAUUAUUUAUGAAAUUUAUUUUUUAAUUUAUAAUUAUCUUCUUCUGAUUUCAUGUAGCUAGGUUUUAUAGUUGAAAUCGGCAUUCAUUAAAAAUAAUUAUAUGCUGUUUGAGCAAGAUGAGUGAUCUAUAUGUAUUGGCUUUGCAUAUCUUAUUGAACAUCUAUUUGCAUCUCAACUUCGAUUUUAAUUAAUUAA